AUGGCCCCUCAGGUUGGAAUCAACGGCUUCGGCCGUAUUGGUCGUAUCGUCUUCCGUAACGCCAUCGCCAGCGGUGACGUUGAGGUUGUUGCUGUCAACGACCCCUUCAUUGAGACCCACUAUGCUGCCUACAUGCUCAAGUAUGACAGCACCCACGGUCGCUUCCAGGGCACCAUCGAGACCUACGACGAGGGCCUCAUUGUCAACGGCAAGAAGAUCCGUUUCUUCGCCGAGCGUGACCCCGCUCAAAUCCCCUGGGCUACUGCCGGCGCUGCCUACGUUGUCGAGUCCACUGGUGUCUUCACCACCACCGAGAAGGCCUCCGCUCACUUGAAGGGUGGUGCCAAGAAGGUCAUCAUCUCUGCUCCUUCUGCUGAUGCCCCCAUGUUCGUUAUGGGUGUCAACAACAAGGAAUACAAGUCCGACAUCAACGUCCUCUCUAACGCUUCUUGCACCACCAACUGCCUUGCUCCCCUUGCUAAGGUUAUCAACGACAACUUUGGUCUCGUUGAAGGUCUCAUGACCACUGUCCACUCCUACACUGCCACCCAGAAGACUGUCGAUGCUCCUUCCUCCAAGGACUGGCGUGGUGGCCGUACCGCCGCUCAGAACAUCAUCCCCAGCUCCACUGGUGCUGCCAAGGCUGUCGGCAAGGUUAUUCCUUCUCUCAACGGCAAGCUCACUGGUAUGUCCAUGCGUGUGCCCACCGCGAACGUCUCUGUUGUCGACCUCACUUGCCGUACCGAGAAGGCCGUCACCUACGAGGACAUCAAGAAGACCAUCAAGGCUGCUUCCGAGGAGGGUGAUCUCAAGGGCAUCCUUGGCUACACUGAGGACGAGAUUGUCUCCACUGACCUUUGCGGAGAUGCCCACUCCUCCAUCUUCGAUGCCAAGGCCGGUAUCGCCCUCAACGAGCACUUCAUCAAGCUCGUCUCCUGGUACGACAACGAGUGGGGCUACUCCCGCCGUGUUGUUGACCUCAUUGCCUACAUCGCCAAGGUCGAUGGCCAGUAG